AUGAAUGGGGAACGUUAUCCGGGUAAUUACUAUGUGCAAGAUAAUCCAUCAACGCACUCGCAAUUUCCGAAGAACAACACCUUUGCAGCAUACCAGGAGCUGGUGGUGAGACCCUAUGCGGUUGAGGAACCGGAUGAUGAAACAGAGGACCGCAUCUGGGAAACUACAGAGCCAAUCCCACAGUGGCAGAGAGAACUGGUGGAAUCGCUGGACGAACUUGCGUGUGAGUCGGAUACUAGUGCUUCUUCGUUGAGAUCCAGUCCAACGAGGGGCCAGAAGAGAAAGUCCGCCAGCACAUCGUCUCAGGAUCGCUACCCUGACCAAUCGCCAUCAUUGGACCCGGACCUUCGAUCGGACGACUCCGAAUCCGGGACGACCAACAUGAGCCCGAAAAGACGGCGUAGGAAGGGCCAGAGCAAGCAAUUCAGAGCCAAUCUGGACGCUGCUGAUGCCGCGUUUCUAUCUCACCAUAAUUACGGGCUGUCCAUGAGCCCCAGUUCGGAAUCCCAGUUUGCAGAUGCAAGCAGCAGCGGUUCCACGAGCAAUGGAGUUGCUACUCCAGACGAAAUGGACAUGGAUUGA